AUGUGACCUGUCCAAGAUGAUAUUAUUUUUAGUCAGUCUUUUCUUUGGGAACAUUCCUUCAUUUGCAUUUUCAGCAUUCCAGCCAAAAAUAAACUGCCUUAUCAUAAACCUGGACUAUGUUAAUUGCACGUGGAGUGAGCAUGAGCAAAGUUACAGUUUCAAGAGCAAGUUUUCACAUAACAAAACUCUGGAUUGUCCUAAAUAUCUCAAGAUUAAAGGUGUUAACGUGGGCUGCAUUUUAACCUACAAAAACCCACAACGGUUUAAUACUUUAAACACAUGGCUGUACAGUGACAACGGCAGUUUGGUGACAGAGCAGAAACAUGAAAACAUGAAAGCAUCUGUGAAGCUUUAUCCUCCAUUCAACCUGUCUGUGGUGGAGAAAAAAGAUGUUGCACUGUGGCUGUACUGGAAUAUUACAAGGAACGUCUGCAUUGAGAGUGAAAUUCGUUACAGGACAGACAACAAUGCCUGGAAGAACACCACUCCAGGCCACAUAACCUCCUUCAGUUUGCCGUUUCCCUCAAAAAAGCGGUAUGAGUUCCAGGUCAGGGCUCGAAUAGGGUCUUCCUGCGGAGAGUCCAUGUUUUGGAGCGACUGGAGUGAGCCUGUCUACUGGGGAUCUUUAAAGGCCAACAAUAACACAGAGAGUCCGAGUAACAUGUCUGGGACGUCACUGGUGCUGUAUAUAGCGGGAGCCCUAAUAAUUCUCAUCAUACUCUCCUGCUUGCUUGUUCAUAGCGAGAGGUUAAGAAUCAUUUUAAUACCAGUGGUACCAAAUGCAGGACGAAAUGUAAGCAAUUACUUUGCAGCCCUUUUUGACAAUUAUAAUGGCAAUGUUGAGAAAUGGCUGUCCAUGCCUAAAGAUCUGGAGAACGGCUUCAAACCCAAUUUCACAGAGCGUGCCUGCCCUGUGCGCGAGUACAAGACAGUGUCCCAGUCCAGCACUGACAGCGAAAGCAUCCUCUCAAUCCCAGCUCACAGCUCAUCAGCCUCCACCAUACCUGGAUCUGCCGAAACCUCACAAACCCAAGAUCAAUCGCAAGUGGAUAUUCCAGUCUAAAUCUUCAUCUUUAUCUGAGGCAAUUAAAAUUGAGAGUUUAUCUUUGAAAUUAGAAUCUUGAUUGAAAAGAAAAAUAUUUCCAAGUGUAAAAGGGUUUUGCAUGUGUUAUAUAAUGAUGAAUCCCAGUCGAAUCUAGUAUUGGCAUUUUGAAAUCUUUUUUUUGUAUCAACUCAAAACAAGGAAUGAUAAACAUUCAGUUGCUUCUUUUAAGCAGGGUAAUGUAGUGUUUAUAAUUGAAAUAGUGCUCUUUUUUUGUUUGUUUUACAUAGUUUGGAGUUGGUUUUUGUUGUAAUAGGUCAGGUGGAGUUGCAGCAUAGUAGUCAUGUUUUUAGGGUCGCUGGAAGGAAUGCUUCUAUAAGAUUAGCGUUUUUGCCAGCAGUGACUGUUAUAUCAAAGUGUAAGAUGUGUCUGUGAUAACAUUUAUACCUAGUACAAAGUAAAUUCUAGAAUCUGAUUUGCAUACUGGUGGGGAAAUCCCAUCACCUACACACCCAUGUAUUAUCUGAUUAUUUAGCGGAGUGUUAUUUGUGAUUCUAUUUGUAAUUAUUAGUGUAGUUUCAUAUAUAUUUGCAGGAAUUACACUUCAGCUGCUCUGAAAUGUUAUUUUUAGAUUAUUCUGUUUUUCUAGACAUAUAUAUAUAUUUGUUUUUAAUGUAUAGUAUCUUUAUCAUACCAUAUCGUAAAAGGCCCUAAAGAGGCACCUGAAAUCUUCAAAUUAAACAAUGUUGGUAGCAUAUGUAUCUUGAUUAAUGAUCUAUUCGGUUUUCAUUAGGAUUUAUUUUUGCACUUUUAGCUUGUUGCUCAUCUGUAGUACUCUGAUAAAGUGCCACAUU